AUGUUAUCAACAACAUACGAAACACCUAGGAAGCGCUCCCUGAACGACGUCGACGAUAGUAUGGACGUGGACUCCGCUGGAGAGAAGAAGAAGGAGACUACCGCAUCAGAACAGAAGUCUCCUGCGGAGAUUGAUAGUGCAGAGAAACCAGCUGCCCAGGAAGCCGAGAUAGCAAAUGCCACAAAACUGCAGCGCGAGGUCAUAAAAGAUAAUGUGCGGGUGGAAAUCCCACUGAAUGCCAUUCCCCCGCCGAAUACGACCACAGAACACUCUGAACAAUCUACCACGCCUGCCGCGAAGAGGCGGAAGGUGUCCGCUGCGAGUAAAGAGGCUAAACAGCAGGAGAAGGAGGCGAAGGAUCGGCAGAAGGCGGAGGAGAAAGCUAAGAAAGAUGAAGAGAAGGCUAAAAAAGAUGAAGAGAAGGCUAAGAAGGAAGAAGAGAAGUUGAAAAAGGAGGAAGAGAAACGGGCGAAGGACGAGGAGAAGAAGAAGCGGGAGGCUGAACGUGAAGAGGAAAAGAAGAAAAAAGAGGCGGAGCGUGAGGAGGAGAAGAAACGAAGGGAGGAGAAGAAGAAGGCCAAGGAGGAGGAAAAGGCCCAAAAAGAAGAAGAGAAGCGGAAGAAGGAGGAGGAGAAAUCGAAGAAGGCGCGGGCGCAAACGAGAUUAAAUUCCUUCUUCGCUAAGCCGAAGAGCUCGACUGAGUCUUCUAGUCCAACUUCCGGCGCGGCGCCCAAGGACUCAUCUAAUAGCGCUGCGAAUGAGGAUACAGCUAAGACUGUAUCAGACUACUACCGCAUUUUCCCCGAAUUUUUUCUGCAGUCGCAUACCGUCGUCGCCCCGCCUCACCGAUUCCAACGGGAUUCAGAAGCUCUAGAAAUCAUGCGACAAAAGGUGGACGAAUCAUUGAAGAACAAUAACGGCUCGCAAGAACCGCCCGUCUUCCGGCCAUCAGAAUUGUUCCGUAUGAUCCCGUAUAAGAGACGACGAGGGAGGCAGGCGACAACGGUCAAGGACAUCCUUCUACAACUUCAACACAUGGGAAGCAGUGGAGAGGGAGCAACAACAGCGGAACCACCGCCAGGCCAACGGCCACAAGAUCUCCUUAAUAAGGUUCGAAUGAAGUCAUUACGAUUUGGCGAGGAUGUCCGUCCGCCAUACCAGGGAACAUUUACAAGAAAUGUCCCCGAACACUCAGCCAAGAAGCUUUCGCGCAAUCCGUUCAGUCGAAGCUUACCGGAAACGAACUACGACUACGAAUCGGAAGCAGAAUGGGAGGAACCCGAAGAAGGCGAGGAUCUAGACUCGGAAGAAGAAGAGGAAAUGAGCGAUGACGGGGAGGACGACAUGGAUGGAUUCCUGGAUGACGAUGAUGACCAGCCCGUUGACGGGAAACGACGGCUUAUCGUGGGUGAUCUUGAACCGCAAAGCUCCGGUCUUCGCUGGCAGGAGAACGAAAUAGACCCGGCUCUGCACAUGUACAAGAUCGAGACGAUUUCAGAUUCGGUUACCUUUCCUAUUGAUCCGUUUUCCACGGUUUACUGGCAGAAACCGUCUAAAACGAAUGAUGCCGCGCUGGCAACUCAGACAUCCAAUUCUAACGGCACAGGAACAGAGGGCAGCAACAAAACUGGCAAUAAUAACGGUUUAGCCAUACUCGGGAGUGGGCCUGGAAAGGCCAAGCGGUCUUUCCCGCCUGAACAGCUUGAGGAGUUCAAGUCGGCUGUGAAUGGGAGUGACCUGAGCAAGCUCGGACUGGUGGAAAUCUUGAAGAAGAGGUUCCCCAAGGUCUCCAAGGAGGUACUGAAGGACACGCUGACGAGUACGGCCACGCGUGUUGGGAGUAAGGAAUCAGAAAAGAAAUGGGUUUGCAAGUGA